CUGAUUUUAACUAUAUUUUUGUUAGUCAUUGUGUUGUACAUUUUAUAAUCGUAUGUAAAAACUACUUCGCUUGUCUUUAUUUUUAUUGUAUUUUUUAUUUUUCCCACAAGACAUCUUUCGGUGUGGUCUUUGCACGGUUGCGUGAAGUCAGUGUCUUAUCCUUCUCUUGUUGUCCCAUUCCUGAACAAGGAUGUAGUCGAAGAUGAAACUUGUUCAGUGGGAAGUAUAGUCACCCCAGAUAUUCAUGCUGAGAACAAAAUAAGAAUCUGUUGAGCACAUACACGAGAAGUUCGCACGCUCAACCAGAGAUGCUUCUGUUCAUAUCCCUGCUGAUCUUCUGUGUGCCACUAGGGGGAAACACCUCUCCAAUCAGCUGUCACAAUGACCAAGGAGAUCCAGUUGAUUGGUUCUAUAUGUACAAGCUGCCUAAAGAACAUGGCACCAAAUCUACGGAACAGGGUGAGAUGUAUUUACUACUGGAAAAAGGGAGUGAAGGAUGGACUAAUGGGAAGGGGACAGUGAACGACACCACGGGAGCUUUGGGAAGGACAGUUGGACAGCUGUACUCACAAGAAAAGAACACAGAGGUAGCGUACAUCCUUUACAAUGACCAGGCGCCACCCGUGGACUUUGGUGACAGAUGGGUUGAUAACAGUGGAAGCAGAAGGGGGCACACAAAAGGUGUCGUGCUGCUGGAUAAAAAUCAGGGCUUCUGGUUGGUACACAGCACCCCUAACUUCCCCCCUGUACGACAGGAAGGACAGUAUUAUUACCCCAGCACUGGUGUGCCAAACGGACAAAACUUUAUCUGCGUUACCUACCCGCUCGAGCGCUUCCAGACCAUCGGAGAGCAGCUUCAGAUCAAUCAGCCUAAUGUGUACGACUGUGACGUCCCAGAGUCCUUGGCAUCCCUGGUGCCCGCGCUCGCUGCUGUCUGUGAGAAAAAACAUCAGUCUGGUCACAUAUUUCCACACAUCAAAGCUGUGUCCAAUCGCAGUGUGACUCUGACCUCAAAGGAUGGGACCGAUUUCAUCGACUUUGCCAAAGGAGCCUCUUUUGACAAUGACCUGUACCACUCCUGGGUGGCCCCCACCCUCAGGUCAAACCUCCUGGUCCAGUUCUGGGUUCGCUCAACAGGAAUCCUCCCCUCCGACUGCUCGCUGGGCUGGAAGGUCCUGGACAUCACUCUCAUCAACCCAGGGCAGACGUUCACCUUCAAGGCCACCCAGGACCACUCCAAGUGGGCUGUCAGCCCCAAGGCGGCAGGAGUCGGGGCCGGGGGAGGCUGGGUAUGUGUGGGAGACAUAAACCGGAACAAGGCAGAGGAGAAUCGAGGCGGUGGCACGGUGUGUCUGCAGGACCCAGUGGUUUGGAAGGCUUACAGGACGGCAGCGCUUGAGUGUGAGGCUUGUGGAGGAGGAACGAUCCAGUGUUGAGUCUGCUGAGUCAGCUGGGCUUAAGGGAAGGGCCAUCAUGGGUUCAUUGGUUUGAAAUGUUUCAACAUAUUUAGUAAAAUGUAUAUGUUUCUUACAAUGUCUGGUGCAAUCUAGAUGUUUACUCUUUAAAAUCAGUUGUAGUUUUCUUAGAUAUUCCCUGUGGAGUUUUUGAGCACAAUUAAUGCCAUGGAGCAGUGUAAUAGUUCUGCACCAGGAAACGGGCUAAUGCGCCAACAAAGGCAGCAAAUAAGAAGAUAGCACGCUCGUAAAGAUGGAUGUAAAUAACAUUUCAGAUUUCAAAAAUCAACUUUGCAAAUGCUUUAUGAGGAAGGCAAUGCAUUCCCCACAUCUGUAAGACUUGAAAAUUACAUUCCAUUUUGGGUAACCACAACAGAAACCUUGUUUAAAAAGAAAACUUACAUAAAAGACUUGUGCUUUAAUGGCAAGUGUGACUUGAAUUAAGAUAAAUUGCUUUAAUCCCCCUGUAAACUUAAUCUUAAUCAUUUCUCAAUUCAUGACUAAAAGUUAAAAAUGAUUUUUUUUAGUUAUUACUUAUUAAAAUUAAUUUUAAUUUUAACCAAAUUCUGCUUCAUCAGGGCUGUGUGGAUGUGGUUUGGUCAGAUUUGAUUUGAUGGACAGGGACCAAACAACACAUCAACUAUCAUCGAUUCUGAUUCAGAUGUUUCUAAAUAGUGAUUAGUGCAUGGAAGUACGUAACAUCACAUUUUUCUAGCUGCCCCCCGCCCACUUGAAAACACUGAGAAGAGCCAAACGUCUCUGAAAGAGCACAGAAAAAAUACAGGAAGUACAAAACUGAUCCGACUUUGGCAGGAAAUAGCACAUUCACGUUCAUGAAGGACCCCUUCGCUCACAGCAUUAAGCUGUGAGCUAAUUUUCUGAGAAACAUAUCUGGCUCACAGCAAGUUUUCGGGGGCACAAAACACAUUUUACUACUCAUUCAGAAUGAUUAUCGACUUGUAUUUCUGUCCAUCUGAUAAAAUUGGUGUGAAUUACAGUAGUUUAGUUUCUAGCAAUUUCUGAGAAAAAUAUCUGGCUCUUUUCACAUCUUCUAUUCACCAGCAAGUCUUCGUUUUGCUCACAGCAAGAAGCUGAUUAAAAAACAAAAUGUUUUUGGGGACCUCAUGGCACAAAACACAUUUUACUACUCCUUCAGAAUGAUUAUUGGCUGUUAUAAAGGGCUGUUACAUCCUAUCUAUCAAACCAAAUGCAUAUUGAACAAUGCUGGAGUAGUAGUCAAAUCUGACAGGAAGUAGAGGUAGCUUUAUGGGAAAAUGGUGUUCAUUUUGAAAAACACAACAGCCUCAAAGUGCCACUUUAAAUGAAAGCAUUUGUUUAAGUGUCUUUAUAACCACUGGGUACUGUUUUAACUGAAACUGAUGAGAUGAUGUUGCAAACUGUGUAAGUGCUGCCUCACUAACUUGGACUUUUUGCUGCUUAAAUGAAAAUGAGCUGUUUUGUGUGUAUUCUCAGGGAGCACGUCAAGUUUUGUUGGUUGAAAAUGUAUGAAUAUGGAUUUUAUGGAAUUUUAAUGUAUGAACAAUGUGGGAUUGAUUGCACACAUUUCACUGACGUUAAUCUACUGACACUGACAACAUUCAGAUGAGGAAUACAUUAAUACUGUGUGUUGUGUUAUUAACUGGGUUUUUAUGAGUUUCUAUGAAUUUAAAAUGUGCUUUUCUGCCAUCCAGAACCCUUUUUUUUUCGUUAUUGCCCUUAGAUUUUAUAGUUGCGUCACAUUCCCACAUACAUUCAUUCUGAUGUUGAUUUUGGUUGAUGAUAAAGAUGCUGAAUAAAAUGACUAUUACAGA